AUUUGUUACUACACCAAGGCAGUGAGGUUGAACCCUGGGAAUCCAAAGUCAACAUUUCUGAGAAAUGAAGAACUGCCUGUGGUUUUCGUUGGGGAACACAAAUAUAUGGGAACAAUGCUGAUAAGCUUCUCAACACCACCCUUGUAAAAAUGGGUUGCAACAGAACUGCCCUAGACAGCUGUUCUUUGCCCAGUCUAAAUGUGACAACCGUGCCACCAGACUCAACAUUUGCUCCAUUCCCAAACCCACUCAGGAUAUUCUUGGCAAUAAUAUUAAUAGUGAUGAUUGCUAUUGCAUUUUUGGGCAAUGCCAUUGUUUGCCUUAUUGUAUAUCAGAAACCAGCCAUGCGUUCUGCAAUCAAUCUACUCUUGGCAACACUGGCCUUUUCUGAUAUCAUGUUGUCUCUCUUCUGCAUGCCGUUCACUGCUGUCACAAUUAUCACUGGAAGCUGGCACUUUGGAAGUCAAUUUUGCCAGAUAUCCGCCAUGCUCUACUGGUUCUUUGUCUUAGAAGGUGUGGCUAUUUUGCUUAUUAUCAGUGUUGAUCGCUUUUUGAUCAUCGUGCAACGGCAAGACAAGCUCAACCCUCACCGUGCCAAGAUAAUGAUUGCUACUUCAUGGGUGUUGUCUUUUUGCAUAUCUUUUCCAUCAGUUGUUGGUUGGACUUUGGUGGAGGUUCCCACACGUGCACCACAAUGUGUUCUAGGGUAUACUGAGUUUUCAGCUGAUAGGGCUUAUGCCGUUAUGUUAGUUGUGGCAGUUUUCUUCAUCCCUUUCUGUGUAAUGCUAUACUCUUACCUUUGUAUCCUAAACACAGUGAGACGGAAUGCUGUCAGGAUACACAAUCAUGCAGAUAGCCUGUGUCUGAGCCAGGUAAGCAAAUUAGGGUUGAUGGGACUUCAGAGGCCUCAUCAGAUGAACGUGGACAUGAGUUUCAAAACAAGGGCCUUCACUACUAUUUUGAUCCUUUUCAUUGGUUUCUCACUCUGUUGGCUUCCUCACUCUGUAUUCAGUCUAUUGUCAGUGUUUAGCAGGACAUUUUACUACAGUAACUCUUUUUACAUUAUCAGCACAUGUAUCUUGUGGCUGAGUUACUUGAAGUCUGUGUUUAACCCAGUUAUUUACUGUUGGAGGAUCAAGAAAUUCCGUGAAGCUUGCAUGGAAUUCAUGCCUAAAACUUUUAAGAUCCUUCCAAAAGUGCCAGGAAGAACACGAAGAAGAAUACGACCCAGUACCAUCUAUGUUUGCGGUGAGCAACAGUCUGCUGUUUAGGAAACCAUUUCAGGAGCAAUUAAAAAGACAGAGUU